UUGUCCGCCAGUCAUGUUAUUACGUGAACUGUCUUUUGCGCUCGACUCUCUUUCGCUUUGCCCCCUCCUUCACUCCCUAAUUCCAUGCGAGUCGCUCGCUGAGCAUGUCUGGCCCGAAUGACGAGAAGAGAUGGGCGGGGCCUCCCGGCGAUGUCGAUGCCGCAGCAGCCAUCGAGCGCGCGGAGAGUGAUGAGGAUAUGAGUGAGGAGAAACACGGCAAAGUCGAGCUUUUGGAAGAGCAGGAUUCGCAGGACGGCGAAGGCUCGAAUGGUGGUCGACAUCAAUUGAAGAGGACCCAGUCCGCGCGGACAGACACCACCAGCAUCGCGCCCAGUGAAGAUGCAGAGCAUGGCGCGAACUCCCCUCGAAAACGGACGUGGGGCGAGAAGCUCAACCCUUUGAAGCGCAAGAACAUCCCGCCUGUACCGAAAGAGCGCAAACUGUCCCGAGAGCAUCAAGCGGGCUUCUUCAGCAUGCUCAUCUUCCAAUGGAUUGCACCCUUGAUGAGCGUGGGCUACCAACGACCGCUCGAAGUGAACGAUGUCUGGUGGGUGAACCCUGACCGCGAGGUGAACGUCAUGUCCGCCAAACUCCAGGCGGCUUUGAAAAACCGCUACGCGGCGGGCAGCUCGCGGCCUUUGACAAUGGCGCUCUACGACACAUUCAAGAGGGAGUUCAUCAUCGGCGGUGCUUGCCAGCUGACUGCUGCUUGUAUGCAAGUCUUGUCUCCUUUCACACUGAAGUAUCUCAUCGACUUCGCUGGCGACGCGUACCACGCCAGUACCCACAAAUUGCCCCCGCCGCCGAUUCAUCGGGGUAUCGGCCUUGUCAUCGGCAUCACGUGUAUGCAGAUCAUACAAUCGCUGUCUACCAACCACUUCAUCUAUCGCGGCAUGAUGGUGGGUGGGCAGGCGAGGGCAGUGCUUAUCGCCACCAUCUUCGACAAAGCCAUGAAAAUCUCGGGACGUGCCAAAGCGGGUGGCAAGCCAGACAAGGCCGAGGAGCAGUUCAACGCAGCAAGUCACGUGCAGCCGGGCAGCAAAGAGGAAAAGUCUUUCUUCAAAAAGACACUCGACAAGCUCAAACCAAUGCCGAAACCGAGUCCGGCUGACGGACAAGGUUGGAGUAACGGUAGGAUCGUGAAUCUCAUGAGCACCGACACCUACCGUAUCGACCAGGCCUCCGGCAUGUUUCACAUUUGCUGGACCUCCCCCAUUCAAGUCUUCCUCGCGCUCGCCUUACUAUGCAUCAACCUCAAAUACGCGGCGCUUUCGGGCUUCGCUUUCAUCUGCAUCAUGAUGCCGCUCCUUGGCCGAGCCGUGGGCAGCCUGAUGAGACGCCGAAAGGCCAUCAACAAGAUCACCGAUCGGCGCGUUACACUGACACAAGAGAUCUUGGCGUCUGUACGCUUUGUGAAAUACUUCGGCUGGGAGACCAGCUUCCUUGACCGCGUCGCCAGAAUUCGAAACGAGGAAAUUGGCAGAAUUUCGUUCUUGCUAUCCAUUCGAAACGGCAUCAUGGCUGUAUCCAUGACGACACCCAUCUUCGCCUCCAUGCUCUCAUUCAUCACAUACCAACUGGCUGUGGAACCACAUCUGUCACCAGCGCCCAUCUUUUCUUCUCUGGCUCUAUUCAACUCCCUCCGCAUUCCGCUGAAUCUGUUGCCCAUGGUCAUCGGGCAGGUCGUGGACGGCUUCGCCUCCAUCGCCCGUAUUCAAGAGUUUCUGGAGGCGGAGGAGGUUCCCGACGAUAUCGCAUGGGACCCUCAGGCCAGCGACGCCAUCGUCAUCAAGGACGCCAAUUUCACUUGGGAACGCAGUCCGACUCAAGAUCCGAGCAGCAGCAUUGCAGAAGCGCCAAAAGCCCCUCCUCCGGCUUCGAAAGAAGAGAAGAAGGAGGCAGCGGCGCAGGCAAAGGAGGAUAAGCGACUUACGAAGCAGCUCGAAAAGGAGAAGUUGCAAGCCCUUCCCAGCUCGGCAUCAACUAGCUCGUCUGGCGAGGAGGAAGAAGAGCCGUUCCAAAUCCGAGGCAUCGACCUCAAAGUUGGUCGGGACGAGCUCAUUGCCGUGAUUGGAACUGUUGGUUCCGGCAAAAGCUCACUGUUGGGUGCGCUGGCUGGCGAUAUGCGACGAACUACGGGAAGUGUUUCUUUGGGCUCCGCACGCGCCUUCUGCCCGCAAUAUGCAUGGAUUCAAAACGCGACUGUGAAGCAAAACAUCCUCUUCGGGCGGGAUUUCGAUCAAAAGUGGUAUGACAAAGUCGUGGAUGCCUGUGCAUUACGCCCAGAUCUCGAGAUGCUCCCUCACGGUGAUCUCACCGAGAUUGGCGAACGAGGAAUCACUGUAUCCGGCGGUCAAAAGCAAAGAUUGAACAUCGCACGAGCCAUCUACUUCGACGCCGAUAUCAUCUUGAUGGAUGAUCCACUUUCAGCAGUCGAUGCUCAUGUCGGCCGACACAUCAUGGACAACGCUAUUUGUGGUCUACUCAAGGACAAAUGCCGCGUACUCGCAACUCAUCAAUUGCAUGUAUUGCAUCGAGCUGAUCGAAUAGUCUGGAUGAAAGAAGGAUACAUCCACAGAAUUGCGACCUUCCCGGAACUAAUGGGCAAUGACGAAGAAUUCCAGCAGCUCAUGGCUACCACUGCUGUGGAAGACGAACAUGAGAAAAAAGAGGAGGCUGAAGACGAAGUGGAGGCAGACAAAGCCGUCGCGAAAAAGGGUCGUAAACCGAAAGCUGCUCUGAUGCAGCAGGAAGAAAAGGCCGUGAGUAGCGUGGGCUGGGAUGUCUACGCUGCUUACAUUCGGGCAGCCGGCUCAAUCUGGGUGGCCCCGAUGAUUCUGAGUAUUCUUUUGGUCUCCCAAGGCGCCAACAUCGUCACCAGCGUUUGGCUCACGUAUUGGACCGGCGAUAGUAAGUGUCUCCCGAUCCCCUUCCUCAACGCACGCUCAUUGAAGUCUGCAGGAUAUCAUCUUGGCACGGCAGCGUAUAUCGGUGGCUAUGCAGGGCUGGGAGUCGUGCAGGCGACACUCAUGUUUACCUUUUCCGUCACCCUUACUACCCUCGGAACCAAAGCCAGCAAAGUGAUGCUUCAACGAGCUCUGCAGCGAGUGCUCCGCUCGCCAAUGUCUUUCUUCGACACGACACCCAUGGGCAGAAUCACCAAUCGCUUCGCAAAGGACGUCGAUGUCAUGGAUAACAUGCUCACCGAUUCGAUGCGCAUGUUUUUCUUCACCAUGGCCAUGAUCGUGUCGGUAUUCUGCCUCAUCAUCGCCUACUAUCACUAUUUCGCAAUCGCUUUGGUACCGCUUGCGAUCAUGUUUACCUUCUCCGCCGGCUACUACCGCUCAUCGGCGCGCGAGAUGAAGCGUCACGAGGCCGUCUUCCGAAGUGUCGUCUUUUCACGCUUCGGCGAAGCCGUCACCGGUCUCUCCACGAUCCGGGCAUAUGGGAUGCAACAGCACUUUUUGCAAUCCGUCAAUAACGCUCUUGAUUCCAUGGAUGGGGCGUACUUCUUGACGUACGCCAAUCAGCGAUGGCUAGCUGUCCGCCUUGACGCGAUCGGGACAUUAUUAGUGUUCACGGUCGGGAUCCUCGUGGUGACCAGCCGGUUCAGCAGAAACCCUAGCGUCGGCGGACUGGUAUUGUCAUACAUCCUGACCAUUGUUCAGAUGAUUCAAUUCACCGUCCGGCAGCUGGCUGAGAUGGAAAACAACAUGAACUCCACUGAACGUAUCCAUUACUAUGGCACGCAGCUGGAGCAGGAGGCACCACUUCAUCUCGGAAAUGUGCCAUCUUCAUGGCCGCAAAAGGGUGAAAUCGAGUUCAACAAUGUGCAGAUGCGAUAUCGCGCUGGCCUGCCGCUCGUGCUCAAAGGCCUGACAAUGCACGUCAAAGCUGGGGAAAGAAUUGGCGUUGUUGGCAGAACCGGUGCCGGCAAGUCUUCAAUCAUGUCGACGCUCUUUCGUCUGGUGGAGCUCUCUGGCGGAUCCAUCUGUAUCGAUGGCCUCGACAUCGCCAAGAUCGGGCUGCAUGAUCUGCGAUCACGACUCGCAAUUAUCCCACAAGAUCCCACGCUCUUCCGAGGAACCAUCCGCAGCAAUCUCGAUCCCUUCAAUGAGCACACUGAUCUCGCGUUGUGGAGUGCCCUGCGCCAGGCCGAUCUGGUCGGCACAGAGCAAGCCAUCGAGGACGAGUCCGGACGCAUUCAUCUCGAUAGCAACGUGGAAGAUGAAGGGCUCAACUACUCCCUCGGCCAACGCCAGCUCCUCGCAUUGGCGCGUGCGCUCGUGCGGGGCUCUCAGAUUAUUGUCUGCGAUGAGGCGACGUCUUCGGUUGAUUUCGAGACCGAUCGGAAGAUCCAACGUACCAUCGUCCGCGGCUUCAAGGGCAAGACAUUGUUAUGCAUUGCCCAUCGUCUCAAGACGAUUAUAGGAUACGACCGCAUCCUUGUCAUGGACUCUGGUAAUGUGUCGGAGCUCGACUCUCCAAUUAACCUCUACGAUCAGCAAGGCAUUUUCCGCAGCAUGUGCGACAGGAGCGGCAUCAGGCGAGAGGACUUUUUCACCAGCGAGGAGGCGCAUUUUGGCGAGGAAAGUCCGGUGAUGGAACGGGCGGAGCUUACCUUCGAUGCAUCUAAGAAGAAGGCAUAAAAGCAUGUGGUGUUGUUAGACCGACGAAUAGUAGCAACGUAUGAUCAACGAUAGACGAAAGAUUUCAUCAAUGACUUGCUUCAUUUGGAACGUCGAAUGGGAACGGUUUGCGCCAUAUCUUGGGGGAAGGCUGGGUU